GCUGAGCCCGUGCUGCUCAGUGAGUAACGGGACACCGGGACACGGCCGGUAUAAAACGGACUCGAGACUGUUUACCGACACAGACACAUUUCAUUCAUCAAUUUAAAUCUUCACCGCCACCAUGGUUCUCCUGUCCGCGGUGAACAAGCUGAAAGUGUUCCGGCUGCGGUUCUCGGACCCCGGCAGGUCCAUCUACAGCAGCGGUGAGAAGCUGUCCUGCUCCGUGCAGCUGGAGGCGGCUCUGCCCUGCAGGCUGGCCGGCCUCCGGGUCACCGCCGCCGGCUGCGCCCGUGUGGAGCACCGCGGCGGGAAGAAGCGCCGGUGCCGCAGUCAGGAGGUGGAGUACCUGAAGUAUGAGGAAGAGCUGCGGCUGGAGGAGCAGCUCACUAAGGACUCAGACGGCUACUUCCUGUUGCAGCCGGAGAAAACGUACGACUUCCAGUUCGGCUUCGAGCUCCCAGCAGCCGGGCGUCUCGUGUCGUCCUACAAAGGGAAGUUUGGGUAUGUGCGCUACUACGUGCGGGCGGAGCUGGACAGGCCUUCCCAGAAUGCUUUGCGGUGUGAGAGGGAGUUUGAGGUGGAGGAGCCCCUGGACAUCAACCGACCCGACCUGCUGGCUCCAGCUGCAGGCUCCACGCAGAAGAAAGUCACCUGCAUGUUUAUCCCGGAUGGUCAGGUGUCCAUCAGCGCUCAGAUCCAGAGGAAGGGCUUCUGUGAAGGAGAGGACAUCAGCAUCAAUGCCAAGUUUGAAAACACCUGCUCACGCAUCGUUGUCCCGAAGGCCGCCAUCAUCGCCAAACACUCGUACCUCGCUGACGGAUGCACCAAGGAGGCGCGUCAGAAGCUGUCGGCGGUGCGAGGAAACCACAUCAUAUCCGGGAUGUGCGACAUGUGGCAAGGGAAGUCCAUCAGAGUCCCUAAACUGAGGCCGUCGCUGCUCGGCUGCGACAUCAUCCAGGUGGACUACGCCCUUAUGAUCUACCUGCACAUCCCCGGCAGUGAGAAGCUGGCCCUGGAGCUUCCUCUGGUCAUCGGUACGAUCCCGCUCAGCGGUGUAGGCAGCCGCACCAGCAGCAUGAGCAGCCAGGCCAACUCCCUGAGCAGCUGGUCCUCCUUCCCCUCCGUCCCCCCCAGCUACAGCAACAUCCACAUGGACCUGAGGACGGACGGCCCCCGCACCCCCCUUCUCCACGACUACGACGACGGGGAGGACGAGGGGGGGCUUUUUAUGAGAGCACCUGAACUCUGUGACCCCCAAACCCCUGCAUCCAGCAAGGUGGACUCCAUCAACGCUCCUCAGGAGGUCCAGGUCUUCUGAGGACUUCCUGUUUACAGAUGCUGACUCGUUUUGUUUUUGUGGAUAACAGGAAACAUCUUGUUGUGAAAAGGUUUUAAUAUUCUUUGUCUCUCAGUUGAACGGUUGUUUUUCUACUACGCUGACAGGAAGUUACAGUUGUAAAUACGAUGUAAAUAAGAGCAGAUGUUUAUUUUUUUACUCAAACAAUAAAUCAGUUACACAUUAAA